CCACGCAAAACGAAAUGGCGUAAUGAUCGUGCUGUUUUGACACUUGAUUCUGUGUAUCUGUCAUUCGCAUUGUGUGCGAUUCAACAAGGUCAUACAUCACCAAAAAGGCACUGUGUUAGCCAGUAGAUUCAAAAUUUUAGUUUCUAAACGAAAUUUGUAUUGUCACCGCCAAAAUGAGUACGAGUGAGUUACCGCCACUUCCAGCGAACCAAAAAACUUAUGCCGGAAUCCCAGAAGCAGUAUUUGUCGAUGAUGUCGAUUCGUUCAUGGCAUUGGAUGAGAAUGAAAACAGUGCCGACAAAGUAUUGCGACGACUGGAUGAACAGCACGGCAAAUACAAGUUGAUGGAAUAUAACAUUGGCGCCCGUCGACGAAAGCUGAAAUUUCAAAUCCCAGAUUUGGCCAAGUCACUGGAAAUGAUUGACAUUUUGCGCAAACAAAAUGAAGAAAAAGCAACCAAGUUUCUACUCAGUGAACAGGUUUUCUUGAACGCUACCGUUCCACCCACGAAAACCGUAUGCCUAUGGCUUGGAGCAAAUGUUAUGCUGGAAUACCCACUUGAUGAGGCCGAAGUUCUGCUCAAACAAAAUAUAGAAUCGGCCGAAGAAAACCUCAACUGUUUAGAACAUGAUCAAGACUUUUUGAGAGAUCAAUUGACCACAACCGAAGUGAAUAUGGCCCGGGUAUACAACUGGGAUGUCAAAAGACGGCAAUCGGCUGGACUGGUUUCUGUGAAAAACUAAUCAAUUCUCGAAUUUCUAUGAAAAGCUGAUAAAAUUGUGAAAUUCCUUGAAGAAAUUAUCAAAUUUUUGUUGUAAUCAAAUAAACACAUGGCCUUGACCUGACUUGACCAAUAAAAUAUUUUGCUAGUCGUUUUGCAUCGUUAAAAACACCAUAAAAAAUUGUAAAAUGAUUUAAUGAAAAAAACGAAAGUAAACCAUAGUUUGACUGCAGUCAAAUAGUCAUAAUCUCAUUUUUAUCAAUUUCUCUAAAUAAAAAAUCAUUUCAGAAUCUGAAAUUUUCACACACAAAUUCUGAAACAAUUUUUUUUCCACACUCGUUCUCGUUGAACUAAAUUGUUUGGAAAAUCCAUGGGAAAUUUCCAGAACAGCAGACUAACAUUGUCCAAAAAGAGUGGCCAAACAUUUUUUUUUUAUUAUAACCAAAUAAUUUUUCAGAUUUUUCUAUACAACCAAAAAUGUUUCUUCUCAACCAAACCAUUUUUUCUCGAUUUUAAUGAUCAAACGGAGAAAAAUUCGCAUCCUGUUUGGAUGAGCAGGAUGUUUCUGAUGGUUUAAAAAUAUGAACAAAAAAAAUGUCUCAACAAAAUUGAAAUAAAACCACGUACAAUAUUUUCAAUAAAAAUUUUUAUUUGAUAAUAAUUUGAUUGAUUUGUAUAUAGAAUAUCCAUAAUAUGUACAAUUUUGAAUAAAUCUACGAAGAAAAAAAAGGAUUGUGCAAUUCAAAAGCAA